AUGUGCGUAAAACCAGAAUUUCUAGAACCCGCAGAGCUCGUCCUUAGGCUGGGGGCAGCGGACGCGGGUGCCAGACGAUGGGGUGGUUCCCAGUGGCGUCGUUCCCCAGCCGAUGCCAGCACGGGGUCUUUUCCGGCUCAGCCCGAGCCCCGGCCCUUCCCUCGCCCCUGCAGUCAGCCCCUGACGGGCGCGCCCGCCCCACCGAUGGUUUCCUUCCUGCGGCCUGCUCCUGGCCGAAAGCCCGAGGGGACCUUUGGGGGGCCGCCCAGAGACGACCGUUGCGGGCCAGCGUUGGGACCUGAGCGGGCCGUGGGAGCCGGGGCCGGGGUUCGGAGGCGCUGCUGCUGGGCGGCCGAGCUGCAGGCCGAGGCGACGUGCGCCAUCUGCCUCGAGCUGUUCGGCGAGCCCGUGGCGCUCGAGUGCGGCCACAGCUUCUGCCGCGCCUGCCUGGCGCGCUGCGGGGAGCGCCGGGGCCCCCGGGCCGGGCUCGGGCCUCCGCCGCCCUCGGCCUCCGCGGCCUCCGGCUCCUCCGCCUCCCCGCCGCCGCUGCUGCCCUGCCCGCAGUGCCGCGAGCCCGCCCGCCCCGGCCACGCGCGGCCCAACCGGCAGCUGGCGGCCGUGGCGGGGCUGCUGCGCCGCUUCAGCCUGGGCCCGGCGGGGCCUCGCGAGCUCCGGCCCCGCGUCCUCCGGCGCCCCGAGCGGCCCCGCGCCGCCGCCGCCGCCGCCGCCGCCUGCCCGCUGCACGGCGAGCCGCUCAAGCUCUACUGCCAGGACGACGCGCGCGAUCUGCGCUCUGACGCAGCCAGACAGGCCGAUGGACACGCCGUGCUGCCGCUCGACGAGGCCGUGCUCGAGGCCAAGGCCGUGCUCGAGGCCAAGCUGAAGGUCUUGAAGAAGGAUCUAGAGGAUUUUGAGGCGUUCCGUUCCUCCGAAGAAGAAGAGGGCGCAGAACUCUUGAAGCAGGUGGCAGCUGAGCGGGAGAAGGUGGGAGCUGAGUUCCAGGCUCUGCGGGCCUUCCUCGUGGAGCAGGAGGGCCGGUUCCUGGGCCGCCUGGAAGAGCUCUCCCGGGAGGUGACGCAGAAGCAGAAUGAGAACUUGGCCCAGCUGGUGGGCCAGAUCACCCAACUGUCGAAACUUAGCAGGCAGCUGCAGGAAACGGCAAGCAAGGAUGACCUCGACUUCCUCCAGGAGUUUAAAAACACACUCAACAGAUGUAAUAACAUGCCUGCUCCCAAACCUACCACAGUGUCUUCUGAAAUGAAGAGUAAAGUAUGGAAUGUCUCCCUCAAGUCCUUUAUCCUUAAGGGGCUAUUCAAGAAGUUUAAAGAAGAUCUUCGUGGAGAGCUGGAGAAAGAGGAGAAAGUGGAACUGACCUUGGACCCCAACACGGCCAACCCCCGCCUCAUUCUCUCCUUGGAUCUCAAGAGCGUGCGACUUGGCCAGCGGGCCCAGGACCUGCCCUGCCAUCCUCACCGCUUUGACAGCAACACCCGCGUGUUGGCCUCGUGUGGCUUCACUUCUGGCCGCCAGCACUGGGAGGUGGAGGUGGGCUCCAAAGACGGCUGGGCCUUCGGGGUGGCCCGCGAGAGCGUGCGCCGCAAAGGGCUCACGUCCUUCACCCCCGAGGAGGGCAUCUGGGCGCUGCAGCGCAACGGCGGCCAGUACUGGGCUGUGACCAGCCCUCAACGGACUCCCCUCAACUGCGGGCCUCUGUCCCGCGUGCGCGUGGCCCUGGAUCUCGAGGUGGGCGCCGUGUCCUUUUACUCGGCUGAGGACAUGCGUCACCUCUACACCUUCCGAGUCAACUUCCAGGAGCGCGUGUUCCCCCUUUUUUCUGUCUGUUCCAUGGGGACCUACUUGCGGAUCUGGCCUUGAAGGCAUCUCCGGGUCUCUCAGAGCCCUCACGAAUGGUGGAUUCCUCCACGGAAGAGGGAGGUUUGGCCUCCCGACCUCUCCCCCACCUUUCUGGCCCUUUGGGGAUUGGGGUAGCUUGAGUCUCACCCCUUGGUGCUCAGGACUCACUCCUGGCGGAGUCCACAGAAUCAGAUUCCUGUCCCCCGCAUGCCAGGCAAAUGCCCAACCACGGCACUUUCACCAGCCCGUUUCCUCCCUCCAGCCUGCACUGUCAUUUAGUGCUGAUCAGCACUGUACUCCCCUGGGGUGGGGGGAGGAAGGGGUCUAUUUGCCAAGCAGAGGUCCCCUAAUGGGCUUGGGGGAGAUUAAUUCAUUGGUCAGGUGGGCAUCAACUGAGGCCCCUUGCACUGUGGGUCCUGUCCAUGCAUGAUCUGGGCAUCUGGAUCAGGCUGGAGCUGUGUAGGUGAUGGUGAGGCCUGGAGAUGUGCUCCUGGCAGAGAAAACUACCUCCCUCUGCUUUCCUGGCCUCUUCCUGCAAGGCUUUCUCUUGCCUUGGGACAACAGAAAGCUUGGCCCUGUGCUGAUCUCAUUUUUCAAAUGGGGUAGUUUGGGCUAAAAUUGUUCAUGAGGGGCUAACCCCAGGACAACAGCAGCAUAAGACCUCUCUCUCCCCACCAUACUUAGAGUGCUGUGUGUCACCUCAGCUCUGGAUAGUUACCUUCAUUUUGCCUAAACUUCUUUCAAGUGCUAAGGUACGAGAGCCAAAGAGAUAGUACAAUGGGCUUGCCUUAAAUGUGGCUGGCUUUCAUUCAACCCGACACUGCCUACAGGUCCCUCAAGCCCCGAGCAUCCCCAGGUGUGGCCUCCAAAACAAGACCAAUCCACUGCCAAAGUCUAGUUUCUCUUGG